UCCAGCAGCCAUGUCGGCCAAUUUCAGGGAUGGGAAGAUCUACAAGUACGGCGAACGCUACUCCGGCACCAAGACACGGUGUGGCAACGUCCAGGACUACGAACUACUACGCUCUUUGUACCUGAAGGGUGAGGAGCUGUUCGAAGAUCCCGAGUUCCCAUGCACCGAACAGAACGUCUUCGGGGAGAAGGAGCCGGGAUUCAAUUUAGAGUGGAAGAGACCAUACGAGCUUUGCGACAAUCCGGAAUUCCUCACGGAAGGUUUUAGUCGUUUCGACGUGGAGCAAGGCUGUUUGGGCAACUGCUGGAUGGUCGCUUCCGUUUCUGCGCUCGCUAUGCAUGAGGAACUGUUCAAGAACGUUGUUCCUGAGGACCAGAGUUUCACGGACGGCGAGUACGCCGGAAUAUUUCAUUUUCGACUGUGGAAAGCCAACCGAUGGGUCGACGUUGUCAUCGACGACCGACUGCCCUUCCAUGCGGAUAGUGGCUGGCUGGCAUUCAUGAGAUCAAGCACUACCCAUGAGUUCUGGAGUGCUUUGCUUGAGAAGGCUUACGCCAAACUGCAUGGAGGCUACGCCGCUCUUAUUGGCGGAGGUGGAGCAGAGGCAAUGCAAGUGCUCACGGGAGGCCUAAGCGAAAGCAUUUACUUGAAUGAAUUUCAAGAUGACCUCUUCGGUACUGUAAGACAAGCCUUGGAGAAAUACUCCCUUUUGACGUGUUACACCCCUGAGGACAUUAAGGAAUACCAAGGUAUCAUCGGCAACCAUGCGUACACUAUCACGGGGGCUGAAAAGGUGACCUCGGUGUGGCGCUCGUCUACCUAG